GCAUUUUCAUAAUCUGGAACGAGGGUGGUGGUAGCAACAGCCCGUCAAUCUCACUGGAAUUUCGAUCUGUACAGCCAGCUGAGAGACGCGGUAAUUCAGCUGGGAUUAUCAAAAGGAAAGAAAAUCGUCUGCAUUCAAAUAAUCGGUCGUGAGAAUGACAUUCUGUUUCUGGUGGACUCCAAGAACUCAACCCUAGCAGAGGAAAAGAAAUGGCCAUGGCAACUGCAGCACAAACCUACCAGAACUUAAAAGCCAAGCGAACACAGGCUGUUGCACCACGUACAUUAUUUGGAACUAACAUUGAAAUAAAAAAGAAGGGGACCUCAGCUGAAGCAUAUCCAACGCAACAAAAAGCCAGGAAGCCAACCAAGGCUGAACAGUAUGUAAGAUUUCAACAGCCUGAAGAUGCAGAAACGCUGCGCUAUAGUCAGUCUGACUAUAAAAAGCAAUGGCGAACAACAACUGAUGCAAAAAGUAAAUUUGAUGAAGUUGAGAAAAAUGCCUUGUAUUUCCGUCCCAGUACUCAUACUGUUGGAUAUCGUAGAAAAGAGGAUCAAUUCCGUCCGGCUCAUAUUACUGAUAGAAAUCCCUAUAGGACUGAUAUCAAACUGUCUGCUACCGAUGUUGCCCAUCCGGAAUUAUUCAACACCAUGGCUACGCGACCUAACUAUAAUUAUGAUCUGUAUAGAAAUCCCCAGUUGCGUGAUAAUUCUGAUUACCAAUUAAUUGGCAAUGUUUUUGGAAAGGGUGGUCAGUUCUCAGGUAGCCAAAGAACUGGUCAUGGUGCUCGACACAAUAAGGGCCAGGGAGAAUACCAUUCUCCCAUCAUACAGUCAAGUAUUCGGGAGCCAAGGAGAAGUCUCCGUACCAGUAAUAAUGAACUACCACGGAAUAUCCGUCACAAAUAUGGCGGGCAGAUUAUCCAUGAUUUGCUUGGCGAUGACAACGAUAUUGAGGAAGCAUUGGUGGCUGUUGAAACACCAGAGCAGAAACGAGAGAGAUUAGCCUCACAAAAUGAAAAGGCUCGCAAUAAAUUUAGCCCUGGCUAUGAAGCCCUGAGUAAUCACCUACGCUACGAUCACUUCUCGGGUGUUCCUCAAAGCAAAUUACGUAGUUUGAACACAGAUUCCUAUACAGAAGAUGCUUUCAAAAGAAAUACACAAAAUUAUCCUCCAAAAUUUGGCGUACAGAAGAAUGCCGACAGUAAUUGGGCCGAGCAGAACGUGCUCCGUGACAGAAUGAGAAGAGCAUGGGGGCUUUACGAAGAGAGCAAACCGACAUUGUUACCCAACUGGGACCGAGAUAAAAAGCGUGAUAAACCUCCAGAGCCACCACCACAGCCUAAACCUAAACCUAAGAAAAUAAAGCACCCACCUCCUAAAGAGGAACCACCACCACCACCUCCUCCAAAAGAUCCAACUCCUCCUCCUGCUCCUCCUCCAAAAGAUGAUGCAUUCUGGGAAUUUUACAACCAAGGCAUGUAGCUCAGUUGAAAUCACUUAAAUUAUAAGAAUAAAUAUAACUGACUCAGUGGUCAACAUUUACCGCAAUAAUUUCUUUCUGAUCACACAACUUGAUUUUCUCUUGAAAAAAGACAUUGUACAUAUUUCUAUAUAUGUACAGACAUGUUGAUAAUGCAUGUGAACAUAUAUGUACUAGUAUGUCACACAAUCAUGUCAGAGUCUUUGUCAACUCAGUUGUAACCAUGACUCAACAUCCGUCCAUUUGAAACAAAUAAUGUAUUACAUUUAAGAUGAGUAUUUUUUGAUAACUUUAAGCCAGUUUUUGCAAUGAGCUUUGAUGCUAAUGAAUUGGUUUCUACACUCUGUGUGAUAUUUGGUUUGUCAAAACAAUUUCUUAGAGUGCCUUAAUUAAAAAUACAGUCUAAGCACACGACUUGUAUAUGAUAUAUGUGUAUAUAUGAUAUAUAAAUAUUUAUUAUCUUAUAUAUGAAUUUAUUUAAUUUCUUGAGUGAUCAGUUUUUGCACCAUGAACUACUCAAAUGCACUGAUUGCAGUGUCUCAUAAAAAAAAUAUAAGCACACAUGAACUAGCAUUUUCACUAUUUCAUCAAACGAAUACUGCUAUGUUUGUCAGUUACUGGUAUAUUAUUUUUUUAAUGAAAAAAUACUACCUUUUUAUUUAAUGGGAAAUAUCAAUCAAAAGUAUUUAAACAUACUCACAAUUUCUUACAAGUUAUACACAUAGCUUCUACAAACAAUAUUAUUCUUUCCAUUAUUAAAUGAAGUUCAAAAUUGAAAUAUAUUGACAAAAUAUAUGAAUAUCUGCAUGCCAGUUUCACAAAUACCUUUUCUCUUAGCUUACCGGUAAAGUUGUAUUGUCAGCAAUAUUUUGUUGAAAGUUCUUGGGCCAAAAUACAAACUAGAAAGUUAUU